CGACGACGACUAGUGAGUCGAGAGAGUAGAUGGCUAGAAAUAGAAUACUAAGCGCAUAUUAGAAAUGGCAGGCGGUCCAAGAGGUUUCCACGCACCACCAAGAUUCCACAGGUUUGCUAGUACAGCAUUGGGUGCAUCCAUGUGGUUUUGGAUAUUCUACAAGGCACGCCAAGAUCUACCACAUAUGCUUGGCUGGCACUUACCAUUCGAGCACGGCGACCACGACGAACACCACUAAGCUAGGAAAUAGGGAGAAGAUAUAGCAGCCAUU